AUGGUUACCGAAAUAUCGCGGUUACAGGAACGAUAUAGUUUCUGUCGCAGAUCAGCACUGGGCUUUACUUCUGCAUAUUCGACAAGCACAAGAAUUGCGGGUCGCAGUGAAAUCUUAGCACUCAAUCCUUUCUUGGAUGCAGACGGCAUACUGAGAGUAGGUGGUCGACUCGCAAACUCCGACUUAAGUGAAGAUCAGCGACAUCAAACUAUAAUUCCGCGUGGGGCCCUGGCUUAUUUACUAGUCGCUGAUGCUCAUACACGUUGCUUACAUGGUGGUAUACAACAAAUGCUUCAGUUCCUUAGACAACGUUUCUGGCUUAUAGGCGCACGGGCGCAAGUAAAGUCUUUCAUCUGGGCCUGCACUACAUGUCGUAGGCGUCUUCAAAUUAUACAACGUCAACAAAUGGCUUCGCUCCCGAAAGAACGUGUACUAGUGGCCCCACCAUUCUCUCGUAGUGGCUUGGAUUACUGCGGGCCAUUCCAUGUACGUGUGGGAAUGCAUCGCGCUACCCCGACUACAAAAACCUAUGCUGCCAUAUUUAUUUGGGCUAAUCGUCAAAUGCAGGAAGACUUAAAGGCUUGGGUAACAGCACAUGCUCAACAACAUCUGGCAGCUGAAGGUACAUGUUGGAAGUUCAUAACACCUUCCGCACCUCAUCACGGUGGUCUAUGGGAGGCAGCAGUUCGUUCAGCUAAAAAGCAUCUGCUGAGGAUAAUGGGCAGCCAGACGUUGCGUUACACUGUAUUGUCUACUCUCCUGACUCGCAUCGAGGCGUGUCUAAAUUCGAGACCACUGAUAGAUCUCUACGAUGAUCCUGAAGGAGGGAUAGCUCUAACACCGGGUGACUUCCUGAUCGGACGACCACUCAAUUGUCGUCCAGAUCCUCCAUUGCCUGAAGCUCCAAAAAAUCGUCUUCGAUAUUGGCAACGCCUCCAGAAAAUGUUGGAGCAUUUUUGGCGCCGCUGGCAAUCCGAAUAUCUACACACUCUUCAGACCCGGAACAAAUGGACUAGAUCGGAACCCAAUGUUCAGCGUGGAGAUCUAGUUCUUAUACGUGGUGAAAAUUUGCCACCAUCGGUUUGGCGUAUGGGACGGGUGAUUGACGUUCACCCGGGCAGUGACGGGUUGGUGCGUACCGUGACGAUAGAGUACAAUACCAACCAGACAUCAUCAAAUGGACUUCCUAUUAAGCAGCGGUGUCAGCGACCGGUGCAGAAGUUAUGCCGCCUAACAGGUCCUACAGAAGAAUUACUGAACCGCGAGGGUUCAGCCGGGCAGGAUGUUCAAGAUUUAAAUUCUUUACAAUGCAGUCCUGCGCAUAAUUAG